GCGCCGAGAAGUUGCCCGCUGCCAAGUUUGCUGUUCCUGCUGCUGCCGCGAGCCAAGGAAGCCCGGGCACUCUCCGGGACUUCUGCUCACCGCCUUCCAGUCUCCUGCAGAGUUCUUCCCGGCUGGGCCUGUAGUUGUGAAGCCUUUUUUUCCGUCUUUUCACAACCACAAAAACCACUAGCUGCUGAGGCUCCAAAGAGAUCAAGAUGUGGACGGCGCCGGUGUUGUUCUGGGUUUUGGGGAGCGCGUGGUGCUGGCACUUUGCGCAGGGAGCACCCGUAGGUGGACUAGAAGAUGAUAUUGUGACCCCAGGUCCAGGAGGUGGCAUGGUGAGACCAGGUCUGGAAGACAGAAUAGCAACCACGGGUACUACUGGAGGACUGAAUGAAUCUACUGGAAAGGUACCAACACACACAGACACUCCCUUUGAGGACCUGCCAACCCCAGAAAUCCCAGACCACGAUCACGAAGAACAUAAGAGUACAACCACUGUCAAAAUGGUGACGAGCCAUUCUGUGGAUCAGUCAACAAGUCACCCCAACAAAGAUAGCACAGCUGACGAAACAGAGACCACAGAUAAGAGAGAUGGCUUGGCAGUAGUGACCCUGAUUGGAAUCAUAAUUGGCGUCCUGUUAGCCAUCGGCUUCGUUGGAGGGAUCAUCAUUGUGGUUAUGAGGAAAGUUUCUGGAAGGUUCUCGCCCUAAAGAGCUGAACAGAUCAGGUUGUUCUCCCAACAUAUCUGAAAAUAAGGGCGCUUCCAGCGUCCCCUGUUCCCCAUCUUCUGCUUGUGGAGGAAGAUGACCCAUGGAAUGCCCACCCCACUCACAGCCAUGGUGACUCCUCCGCUUGCCGAAGUACCAAAAGGAAAGAUACAUGACAAGCCACGGCCCCUCGAGCAUAUGCCUUUGGAAAACAAACAUUCUUAAUAUAAAUUUUAUAAUAAAUGAUUCAAAAUACAACAUGCGUGGAAAAUGAAGCGAAGCUACGUAAACUGACUUGUUAACCAAGACAGCAUCACCAGUUGACCUUAGCAAUUGUAACCAUGGCUUCAUCCUGGCCAUUCCCUGCUACUGCUGGGAUGCAAAGGAAUCUGGAAACGUUUAUUGAAUUUGCAGAGCCGUUGACUCAGUGUUACUUACGUCAAAGAGGCACGGGCCUGCUGAUAUGUACACAUUCCAGCCUGGAUUUGGGGGGGGUGUCUGUUUAAAUAUGUUUGAGUCAUCGAGCUGCAAGUGUAAAUUUAUAAUCAGGCAUGGUGAGCAGCCCCUUAAGGGAGCCUGGUGGACCGUUUCAGAAGCAUCCAUUGUGGCUUCAGGUCCAGGAGGGUACUUUGCAGUUCUCUAAACCAUCUCUAAGCCAUGGUGACUUGAGGAGUCAUGUCCUCACCUCCCUACACGCAAACCUUUGGAUGAUUUGAUUCUUUCCGUACUGUGAAGGCCUUAUUCCAGAUGUUGAGAAAGUUCUUGGAUGUCACAGGAUGCCAGAGGCUCAGCAGCUGUAGAACCAAGCAGGGAACUUGAUCCUUAAGCACAAGAGACUCCUGUGUGUGUUUGGUAUAGAAGAUAAACUGACCAGUUUCUAACAUCUGCCUUCUGUUUCUGAAGAAAGACAGGGAAAGCAAAAAGAAUAGUUGCUCUUAUGUGGAUGGGUGUAAAGGUCUGAGUUUAAAAUAAAAGAUACUUCUAGUCUUCGUGA